AUGGCGCAACGACUGACCUACAGACGUCGUCUGAGUUACAACACCAAAUCAAAUCGAGUCAAAGUGAUCAAGACUCCUGGUGGCAAGCUUACUUGGUUAUACGAAAAGAAACCUGCAAAAGGACCUCGCUGUGGUGACUGUGGGACUAGGCUUGCUGGGAUUCCGGCUCUUCGACCACGUCAAUAUGCCCGAAUUUCUAAACGCCAAAAGUCGGUACAGCGAGCCUAUGGCGGUAGUCGAUGCGCUAAAUGCGUGAGAGAUCGUAUCGUCAGAGCUUUCCUGAUCGAAGAAGAAAAGAUUGCCAAAAAGGUUAUCAAGUCCCAAACCAAACCUCAAACCAAAAAAUAA